CGCGAUCUCUCACAUGCAAAGCGCUACCUAUCCAUGAGAGCAUCCGUCGCGCUUUGUGAUGCACAGAUUUUGCCGCGCACCGAUGGGGUCGGCGGUCUCGCGCGAAUUUCACUGCUUGGCGGCUCUGAUGAGAAUUACUGUCCAUUAAAGGUACUGGACUGCCCCAUGUACAGCCCGGCUUCUUCGACGCAGUACGUCCGACUCAAUCAUACCUCAUCAUGCACGGUAUCUCAAGCGGCCGCUAUUGAUGCCAUGGCAUAUCGUUUGCGGCCGGUGCGUCCAACGUUGCGGUUCUGCGGUUGAUGAGUCCAAGCUCCACCGUCGGAGUAACAUAAGUGGGUGAAACACCCGUGUGGAGCCUCUCAUUCGAUCCAUCUUCUUCGCUCAGCAUCUCUCCGAUGUUCGCAAUAAUCACAUCCGCGUCCCUAUGUUUCAUUUGCUUCGCCUUAGUAUUGAGAUCAAUCCUGUCGAAAGGCAUGCCGUCUCGCCAUAAACUGCCCCCGGGACCUCCUGGAUGGCCUUUGCUAGGUAACAUUAGUGAUAUCCCGAUCGUCUCGCCGUGGCUAGGGUACACCGAGUUGGCCAAGAAAUACGGUGGAAUUGUGGGUUUCAAGGUUCUUGGCCAGAAUUUGGUCGUCAUCAACGACAUCGAGAUCGCUCGCCAAAUCCUGGACAAGAAGUCGAGUAUUACUUCCGACAGACCGGCAAACAAACUACUCGAUUUCCUUGGCUGGGAGUUUUCCUUGGUCAUACUGCGUUACGGCCAGAGAUGGAGAGCUCAACGGCGGCUCUUCCACCAAGCGUUCCGACCGGAGGCCGUUCUCUCAUACAGGCCUGUCAUUGCAAGCAAGGCGAAACAGUUGCUGCUUAACUUGCUCCAAAGCCCGGAAGCGUUCAUAGAUCACGCCAGAAAUUAUCCGGCGUCGAUCGUCAUGCAGCUAGUGUAUGGACAUCAGAUCGCGCCACGGAACGACCGCUUAGUAUACCUGGCGGACAAAGCCGGAGAGAUGGUAAUGCUGUUGCUUCUUCCUGAUCGCGAUAUCAUCAAGAUCUUCCCAUUUCUGCGGCUCCUGCCAGAAUGGUUUCCCUUUAUCUCUUUCCCUCGGAAGGCUCGCACGUCUCGGGAGAUGGUGAAGGAGAUGAGGGACGUUCCAUGGGAUAUGGUCAAGAACGGCAUUGCCGCGGGCACAGCUUCACCGUCGAUGGCUGCAGAUUUGCUGGCGAGGAGCUCAAAGACGGAUGAGGAUAUCAAUGAGCGAGAAGAUACUAUAAAAGAUACGGUAUCAAUCGCUUUCGCAGCCGGUACUGACACUACUGCUGCUACGCUGAAGACCUUCAUGCUGGCCAUGCUCCUCUUCCCUGACGUCCAGAGAAAGGCUCAAGAUGAGAUUGAUCGUGUCAUAGGCCGCGGUCGUCUGCCGACAUUUGAAGACCGGGACUCUUUGCCAUACAUACAAGCAAUCCAUCACGAAACGCAACGUUGGCAUCCCAGUGUUCUGCUGAGUUUUCCUCAUGUUGCCACCGAGGAUGUCUCCUAUGAUGGAUACACUCUUCCGAAAGGGACCAUUAUUCUACCGAAUGUCUGGGCGAUGUCUCGCAACGAAAACACCUAUUUUGAUGCAGAGAAAUUUGAUCCGGGUCGAUAUCUCUCCCCUUCGGGAGAACUCACCGAUGCCAACGCUGAGUUUACGUUCGGCUUCGGACGACGGAUCUGCCCUGGAAGACAUGCCGCAGAUGCUACGCUUUGGCUUGCAAUCAGUACGAUAUUAGCAGUUUUUAGAAUUGAGAAAGCCAAAGACGAGAACGGUUGCGAGAUACCCGUGACGGGCGACUACGGCGGCGAAGGUCUCGUAGGGCAUGUCGUUCCGUACAAGUGCGUCUUCGCGCCUCGUCACGAAGAUGCAGCCAAACUUGUUUCGUCUAUGUGAACACCUAGAAUGCUCUUAUGGCCAUGAUAUUGAUCGUCUCAUGCUUGGUAACUAGGAUUAACUUCUGGGAUGGGUUUCUGAAUUCUCUCUAGUGAAUGGGUGCCACUAUGUCGUUCCAUAUAAACCAAGUCAAAUCUAUCGUAUCAUUGUGCAAUAGUCAAGUUGCAAAUUGGCCAAUCUCCCAUCGAUUGCAGUGGGCUGUAGUGCUGCUCUUAUUUGUGAGAUGCCAUCGUGCCGCGAAUAGAUAGAGCCGAAGUCGUCCAUAUACCUACGGCUCUUUUCGGAAG